CUCUACUCGAAGGUUCUGUGUAAAGAAACAACGUGGAUAUAAUGUUUCGCUAUUGUGUGUACCUUUGCCUACUAGCUCUUGCUGCUGCCCAGAAUGGGGGUUACAAUUACGCCAGCGCCUCCGCACCCGAACCACAAGUGUUCAUAGCGCCACCCGAUCCAGCACCCGCACCUGUGUCUAGCACUUCCAAUACACAAUAUGUGGCUGAUGUUCCAGUAGUUGCAGCUUCGCAACAACAAAUCCAACAAGCAGCACCUGCGUCAGUGCAAUAUAAAUAUCGUAAAGAUUUUUACUAUUUUAAAGCUCCCGUAGCGUCUGUUGCUCAACGACCAGUCGCACAGGCAUCUCAACCCGUUCCCACUGUGCAGAAACAAUUGAAUGUGGUUGUUAUUAAAGCGCCUGAAAGCAGCAAAUCCCACUACCAACAACCAUUACGUAACGCAGUACCACAAGUCGUCGAGGAAACAAAGACCCACAUAUACGUGCUCAGCAAGGAGCCAGGCCGCAGCGCGCCAAAACCAGCCGCAUCACAGCAGCAGCAUGUCACGACGCACAAAUCGCACAAGCCAGAAGUGCACUACCUCAAGUAUAAGACACCCGCUGAGGCACAACAAAUACAACAACAGAUUGUACAACAGUACGGUGGUGGCAAUAUAGUAGAUUUAAGCGCGAAGGUAGCUGCGUCCAAUGUAAAUAGGCAAUACCUCGCACCAGCCGCUUCGAAUGGGAAUACUCAAAACUUCGUACCAGCCGCUUCAAAUGUGAAUAUUCAAUACCUCGCACCAGCCGCUUCGAAUGUGAAUACUCAGUACCUCGCACCAUCUGCUUCGAAUGUGAAUACUCAAUACCUACCUCCAGCGGCUUCGAAUGUAAAUACUCAAACCCUCGCACCUGCUGCUUCGAAUGUGAAUAGUCAAUACCUCGCACCUUCCGCUUCGAAUGUGAAUACUCAAACCCUUGCACCUGCUGCUUCGAAUGUGAAUACUCAAUACCUACCACCAGCCGUUUCCAAUGUGAAUACUGAAUACUUGCCACCAUCAUCUGAGCCAUCGAACGCUUAUAUUUCACCGAGAUUUUUCUUCAGACAAUAAGUUAUAGUACAAACAUAGCUAUCAUUGUGUUGAUUGCGGUGCAAGACAUAAUUUACA